UAUACUUAUAAUAUUAAGAAAUAAAACCUAUAAAAAGAAAAAAAGAAAGGGAGAGCAAAAUGGUGAUGAUUUUUCCUUAGAGAAAAAAAUACAAAUAAAAACAACGGUGGUUUAUAUGGUGGUUGCUGGAGGCGGUGAGAACGGCGGUAGUGGAGGAAGCUGCUGCAUGAAGUGGUGGCAGCAUAACCGUAAUCACAAUAAUCACGUCCUCCACCACCAUCACCACCACCACCACAAUCAUAGUAGCAAUGGUAGUGGGAAUGGUAACAGUAGAGGCCAUGGACGAGGUGGAAGUCGAGGUGGUGCGGCGGGGUUCGUCUUUUGUUUGUUUUGUUUUGUAAUACAUGGGUUGAUCGCUGUUUUAUAUGGGUGGCUGAUUUUAACGCCGCCGUCUAGUUUAAACCAACGAAAGGGUUUGCCUUGGCUUGGUUGUCAAGAAGAUAAUGAAGGGUCUUGGGCUAUUGGUGUUUUCAUCGGUCAAUCCCCUUUCUCUCUCAAACCCAUUGAAACUGCUGAGAUAUGGAUAAAUGAGAGUGCAGCAUGGCCAGUGGCUAACCCAGUUAUAACCUGUGCUUCAGCUUCUGAUUCUGGUUUCGCUAGUAAUUUUGUUGCUGAUCCUUUUCUUUAUGUUCAGGGAGAUACCUUUUAUCUAUUUUAUGAAACAAAGAACUCAUACACCAUGCAGGGGGACAUUGGGGUGGCAAAAAGUAUAGACAAGGGAGCAACAUGGCAACAACUGGGCAUAGCCUUGGAUGAGGAAUGGCACCUCUCAUUCCCAUAUGUCUUUAGCUAUCUUGGCCAAGUAUACAUGAUGCCCGAAAGCAGUGAGAAGGGAGAAGUUCGCCUGUAUCGAGUAACCAAUUUUCCCUUAGAGUGGGAACUGGAUAGGAUUAUCAUGAAGAAGCCUCUUGUUGAUUCAUUUAUUAUCGAUCAUGAUGGAGAGUACUGGCUUUUCGGAUCAGAACACCGCUAUUUCGGAGCAGCAAACGGACAGUUGGAUAUUUGGUAUAGCAGUUCACCCCUUGGUCCCUGGGAACCACACAAGAAGAACCCUAUUUAUAAUACUUACAGUAGUUUUGGGGCUCGUAAUGGGGGACGACCAUUUAGGUAUAAUGGAAAUCUUUAUCGGAUUGGUCAGGACUGCGGCGAAACAUAUGGACGACGUGUGCGGAUAUUCAAGGUUGAAGUUCUUUCUAGGGUUGAUUACAAGGAAGUUGAAGUUUCAUUUCCCUUUGAGGAGUCCAGCAAGGGUCGGAAUGCCUGGAAUGGUGCCCGGUACCAUCAUCUUGAUGUGCAGCAGCUAAGGUCUGGUGAAUGGGUUGGGGUUAUGGAUGGGGACCGAGUACCUUCAGGAGACUUGGUCCAUCGUCUUUUUCUUGGCUGUGCUUCAGUUGCAGCAGUUACAGGCCUCAUUCUGUUAUUAGGUGUCCUAAUCGGAGCAGUGAACUGCAUUGCCCCCCUUAACUGGUGUUCAGAUUACUCAGGAAAGAGAAGCGAUACUCUUAUUGCUUGGGAGAGAGCAAAUGAUUUUUCUUCGAAAGUGAGGUGGGUUUUCAGCCGCUUAAAUCGAACACCUUCGUAUCUGCGAAGCUGGAUAAAACCAAACACCUGUACUGGAAAAUUAGUUUUGGCUCUGGUGUUUGUUUUAGGAGUUGUGCUUUCUUGCAUAGGUGUUACGCUUAUUUACGGAGGCAAUGGUGCUGAAGAACCAUACUCAUGGAAGGGUCAGUUUUCGCAGUUUACAUUGUUAACAAUGACUUACGAUUCUCGUCUCUGGAAUUUGAAAAUGUUUGUGAAGCAUUAUUCGAGGUGUGCUUCGGUAAAAGAAAUUGUUGUCGUCUGGAACAAAGGGAUACCCCCUAAGUUGAGUGAUCUUGACUCAGCAGUGCCUGUUCGGAUCAGAGUCGAGGAUCAGAACUCCCUCAAUAACCGAUUCAAGAUUGAUCCAUUAAUCAAGACUCGUGCGGUGCUUGAGCUUGAUGAUGAUAUAAUGAUGCCCUGUGAUGAUAUAGAGCGUGGAUUUAUGUUGUGGCGCCAACAUCCUGAUAGGAUUGUAGGAUUCUACCCUCGGUUUGUAGACGGGAGCCAAUUGAAAUAUAGAGGUGAGAAAUACGCCAGAAAAAAUAAAGGGUAUAAUAUGAUUCUUACAGGGGCUGCUUUCAUCGAUACUCAAGUAGCCUUCGAACGGUAUUGGAGCAAGCAAGCCAAGGCAGGGAGAGAAGUGGUCGACAUGAAAUUUAACUGCGAGGACGUGCUAAUGAACUUCUUGUAUGCGAAUGCAAGCUCGUCUAAAACUGUUGAAUACGUGAGACCUGCUUGGGCAAUAGAUACAUCAAAACUUUCCAGUGCAGCAAUCAGCAGAGACACAAAUACACAUUACAAAAUAAGAAGCGAAUGCCUUAGGAAGUUUACUGAUAUGUACGGUAGUAUGAGUGGUCGGCGGUGGGAAUUCGGGUCCCGGAAGGAUCAUUGGGGUUCCAACUUGUUCAUCGGUUCUGUUACCUGACGGCUAAAAUUCGCGUCUCCUCUCAAUGCGAGUUGUCGAUAUUAGGUUGCACAUUGAUAUGUUCAUGUUUUCUUGUUACAUAGAAAAGGUUUUAGAAUGCUGAAUACA